CAAGAUGUAUAGCUUCUGGACACCAGUGGCAUAUUAUAGAUGUUCUGGAUCAAAGAGUACCACAUAUAGAAGGCUGAUAACUGCAGGGUCAAUAUUGGAAUCUCAUCUCAUUUGGCAAUAUUAUGGGAUUAUUGCAAUGAAAAUUCACAUCGCAGAGAGCUUUGCCACUUCGAUGCCAGUGAGGCAAACUUGAGGAAUAUUUGGAGAUGAAGAAGAUGAAUCUGCCUUAGACGCUGAAAUACUUUGGUCCGCACAGAAGUGGCGCAUUUUGUGGAUAGUGAGAUUAAAUCCAGUUGCAGGUGUGAUGCCAUAAUCCUUGCGAGACAGUGAGGUAACAUGGACUCCUGGAUCUUCCCAUCGUCCCCUCCGAACCUGUCAGAGCACCUCAUGUAUGACAGCUUCAUGCAGGGCAAUGAGUCCGACUUCCAUGGGAACCACACGUACCACAGCUUCAACAAAACCAGCACGGUGGUCAUCACCUGCAUGUACUUUCUGGUUUGCACCGUGGGGCUCUGCGGAAAUGCCCUCGUCAUCUACGUCAUCCUGCGCUACGCCAAGAUGAAGACAGUUACCAACAUCUACAUCCUCAAUCUAGCAGUGGCUGAUGUGCUCUUCAUGCUGGGCCUGCCGUUCAUCGCCAUCCAGCUGGCGCUGGUCCACUGGCCGUUCGGCCCCGUGCUCUGCAGGGUAGUGAUGACCGUCGAUUCCCUGAACCAGUUCACAUCCAUCUUCUGCCUGAUGGUCAUGAGCAUUGACCGCUACCUGGCUGUGGUGCAUCCCAUUAAGUCCACAAAGUGGCGCAAACCACGCAUGGCCAAGACGAUCAACUUGGCAGUGUGGGGGGUGUCGCUGAUGGUUAACCUGCCCAUCGUUAUCUACAGCGGAGUCAUCACAAAGCACGACGGCUGCUUCUGCACCAUCGUGUGGCCUGAGCCUCAAGAGGCCUACUACACAGCGUUUAUGUUCUACACCUUCAUCCUGGGCUUCUUCCUGCCCCUCAUGGUCAUCUGCCUUUGCUACUUGUUCAUCAUCUUUAAGGUGAAGUCCUCAGGCAUCCGUGUGGGCUCCUCCAAGAGGAAGCGCUCAGAGAGGAAGGUGACUCGGAUGGUGUCCAUCGUGGUGGCGGUGUUCGUCUUCUGCUGGCUGCCUUUCUACGUCUUCAACGUCACCUCGGUGACGGGAACCAUCAGCACCACUCCCAUCCUGAGGAGCACCUUUGCUUUUGUGGUGGUUCUGGGAUACGCCAACAGCUGCGCCAACCCCAUCCUCUACGCCUUCCUGUCGGAGAACUUCAAGAAGAGUUUCCAGAAUGUUCUGUGUCUUAAGAAGGUGGGUGGGCUGGAUGAGGUCGAUCGCAGCGAUAGCCGGCAGGAUAAGUCUCGCAUGGUGAACGAUCCCACGGAGACCCAGAGCACCCUGCUGAAUGGGGACCUGCAGACCAGCAUCUGAGAGGAAGACGACCUGACUCAGAUACACACACACACUCAUUCAGACAGCCAUAUAUCUGAAACAAAUAACACAACAUCUCUAAGGUCACAUCAGAGGGUAGGAGAGGACAUUAUUAAAUAUUAAACAAGGUGUUCACAGAGGAACUUGUCCGUUGCUAAGGAGGACUAAGCACCAGCAGAAUGUCGAACUGCAGUGUGACACAUUGGAUUUCCCUGGCUGUAAACAAAUCCAUUAUAACACAAUUAGAAGUUCACACAAAGAUUUGCUCUGUGGUGUAAAUGACAAUAAAAUCUGACUGUUUGUUCUUAGUGUGUAUUGACUCUGGGGCGAGGUAGAAUGGACGCUAACACCCACUUGCAAAUGCUCCCCUGGGUGGCAUGAAUUUUCCCUGGAGACCCAGGAUUAUAUACAGAGAGUUUACAGAGGAGGGUCUGUGCCAAGUUUCCACAGUGCUGUAUUGUGUACAAUUACAUAACAGUGUGCUCAUAUGCUGUAAAAUACAUACCACGACAUGCUGUUAUUAAACCCGGCAACCCUAUCACUCCUGGAAUUUUGUCCCGUCUGACUGUAAAUAACAGAAUAUGUGCAGAGACUGAAAAGACAGAUGAUUUUAUAUUCAGUGUCAGUUUUGAAACUCUAAAUCUGACUUGUGAAUAAGUAUAUUUUUCAGACGCGGAGCAUAAUGAAUGUCAGUGCCAUUGAUUCUUGUGUUUUAUAAUACGUGGGACCAAUUUUACUUGUGCAGAAAUGUAUCAAGUGCAAAUGUGAAUAACAGUGUUCAGUCUGCAGGCAAAUAUUCCGUCCUGUGUCACUUGCUGCUUCUGUAUACAUGCAUAAUUUAUAUUAUAUUAAUGGUCCUGGCUCAAUAUACCAACGCCAGUCUCUAACCAAAGUGCUGCUAAGAUGUAUAGACGACAAUGUUGUAUAGUAUUAUGUAAAGUAAUGCCACUGUAUGCCUGUUUCUACCGGACUGAGCCGUUCUGUGUCAUGGCUCAUUUAUUAUUAUUUAUAUAUAUCAUGUUAUAGUGUUGCUGUCAUUGUUUGCAGAUGUUACAGUGGCUGCUUUUGUCAAAAAUGCCAGACUGCAUGAUUCUAAAUUAUUCAAUAUGAAUAUUGAGUAGUGGCUCUGCUUCAUGUUUUUGAUGUCAUCUGAGAGCAUGAAACCUGCUCAGAUUAGAUUUUGCAAAGGGUUAUUCUACUCCCCAGUAAAAGUGGAUGGGUCACUGGGAUUUAAACUGGAUUUAUAACAUACUGGUGUUUAAUUUCAAGUUGUUUUAUUGUGUUGUCUUCUCUGUUUCUCUAUUUUCUUUGACUUCGCAAAUACGAGCUGCCGUGCUGCCAGCCGUUGCAAGUUACUCCUAAACACCCAUCCUCUGUUUCUGUCUCGGGGUGUCCGAGUGACGUGAAUUUGUGAAGGGCUAGAACACUUAUUCCUCGAGAGGCUCUGGUGUUCCUUUAUCGUCAUCACUGUGCUGCUCCAGGAGUGCCACACUUCAUCCUGUGACUCCCUGUCUGUUGCUGUAGUCAGAUUACUUUAUAUUUAAGUUGUUAAACCUUUACGCUACAUGUGCAGAUUCCUUCAUACACACCAAAGCCAGCGACAGAUUAUGAUUAAUGUGCAAAGAAUCCUAAGCGUGUGUGUGUGUGUGUUGCAUUGAUCUAAACUCACCAGGCGGCCAGUCUCCAGCAAAAAGGUUAGGUAAAAUGUGUAUGAUAAAAAUAUAUAUACAACACAUACAUACAACUCAAAGCAGGUUUUCAUCUUCACAUGUCACACAGAGGCGCACACACACACACACACACGUUGUGAGCCCCGAGCCAUGACUAAUCAAAUUCCAUAUCCAAUCUCUCUCACUCUCUGCAGUAAUGCAGAAUUUGUCUGCAGGUCUGUAACAUCUUAUUACCACUGAAAGACAUGACACACCUCUAGUGUCGUAUAUUUCCAUAGCAACAGUGACCAAGAGUGUUAGUCCCAUGGUUACACUAAUUAGCAUAAUAAUAAUAAUAGAGAAAGAUGUCUCUGGACAUGAAUUAUGAAUGUUGACAUUGCUCAGAUGGCUGAGAAAAAAAGGCAGCUGUGAAACCAAACAUCUUAGUUCCAUAAAACCUGAUUAAAGUGUAUAGAAAUAAAAACUGAACACUUUGUGUUGUAGUAAAUCAUCCAGCUGUUGCAGAGAUGUUGUAGUAAUUAUGAUUCUGGCAGACUUUUCUUACAGCUAUGCUUAUGGGUUCAGCUUUUUUUUUUUUUUUUUUUUUUUUUGAAUAUCUGCAUUUCGUAGACUAUACUGCAGAUUUUCUACAGCAUUGGUUUCAGUUUAGUGUUUUAUUUCUACGAUGAGCCUCAUUUUGUUGCUCGAAUGUCUCAUGAGCUUUGGAAAAUCUCACCACAGUUGUUCCAGGUUUUACUGUUUCUGUAGAAAGUUUAAAUGAAUGUAUGUUCUUCCAGUUUCUGUUCCGUUAAAUGAUAAUGAAACGCCUAGUUUGAUGGAGCAAACAUGGAUUGUGUAUAGUUGUGUUGAAACUAAAUAAAGUAC